CUGACUGGCCACACAUUCACUGACAAACUGAUUUAUUUGGGUCAUUGAGGAUUCCUUUGGAGCAUGGAUUGAGCCAAGUAAUGUGGAGAAGGGUUUUAUUUAGGCUAGCAGUCUAAAGUCUUUGUUUACUGUUGAGCAUCAUUAUGAUAUGGACGACUGUCAAGUUGCAGUGAUAAGUUCAGGCAAAGUCAGACAGACAUCCUCAACCCUUUUACAAACCUUUGGUCAGCUGAGAGUGUCAAUAAUGCCACAAAAUGGCUGCCUUAAUAUUCAGAUCAUUGAAGCCAGAGGACUCCUGGGGAAUGAAAAUAGGAAAUGUGAUUUUUAUGUCAAGCUAGCGAUGAUCCCAGACCUCAAUCACAGUACUCAUCGGAAGACAGAAACUGUACUAGACUGCAAAAAUCCUCUCUUCCUUGGGACCUUUUUGCUGGCUAUUAGUGUGGAGGAUUAUCAGAAGAGACUGCUGGUCACUGUGUGGAAUUGCAACCCAUCCUCCAGGAGGAGUGAGUUCCUGGGCUGCAUGAGUUUUGGAACACACUCGCUCAUAACUUCAUCAAAGGUGAUCAGUGGCUGGUAUUAUCUCCUGGGCGAAGAGCUGGGGAGAAGCAAGCAUCUGAGAGUGGCUUCGAGACACCUCACAGGCAGGCAGGACUCUGCUGGUGAAUUGAGACGGGCGCAUCUGGCUUCUAAGCCACGGGAAGCUGCCUUGUCCAACCAUGAUGCUCCAGCCUCUGAGACGGUGCUGCCUCCAAGCCCAGAGAAUAUGCUAUGCAUAACAGUGACUAUCCUUCGGGGUAAAGAUGGCUUCGGCUUCACCAUCUGCUCGGACUCACCUGUGCGUGUUCAGGCUGUCGAUCCAGGGAGUCCAGCGCACCAGGCUGGCUUACAGCAGAUGGACACUGUGCUGCAGCUCAAUGGCUUACCAGUGGAGCAAUGGAAGUGUGUCGACCUUGCUCACGCAUUCAGAAACUGCCACAAUGAGAUCACUGUAGUGGUAUGGAGGACCCUACCUAUCAUGAAGCCGUAUUUUGAGGGCCUGAUCCACAGACCAUCUUAUAAGGCAUCUGCCUACGACACUGUGGUGUCCCCGGUGGGGAAGAAACGAGACAAGACCCCGCCUUUGCUGACCCACCCCGCCCAUGGCAGACGGAGUGGACGUAAGCAAGGGCUGGUGUCAGAGGGCGGCCUUGGAUCCUUGUGGAGGGACAAGCGAGAAGACAAGGGAGAGUACUACAAGGGACAGGAGCCAGACUACGGGAAUACUAAGAUGAGGACUCGGACCCUCAAAGGCACCCGGGUGACCUCAUCAAAUGGUGACAACUACAUUAUCCUCUCCCCUGUGGACCCGGGAAGCCAGAUCUUGCAUCCCGUUUAUCAAGACCGGAAUGGUACACUUGGUAAGAUUUAUCAAACUCAACCAAGCGGUGGACUUCAGAAGGGCAAUGGCUUUCUACAGGACACUGCUAGCGGGCUACAGGCCACAGGCUUAUCUUCUCAACGCUCCAUCAUCGGUAAGACGGCUACCAUGCUGCCCCCAUCUGGCUACCAACCCAGCUAUGGCAAUUACCAGAACUGCACCAUUGUCCAGUCUCAUCUGCCCUACUCCAAUUACGGAACCUACGUCACGCUGGCGCCCAAAACCCUCAUCUUCCCCGUCUUUGUUCAGCCCCUGGAACUGUGUAGCGAGCGAACACUUCUUCUCUCAGAGGAGAUGAUCCUGCAUGAGAGCCAGUACAUGGUUAUCAAGGUGACAUUGCUCAUCUACACAGACCUGAUGCUGCUGACUAGGGAGGAUGAGGCAGGCCACUGUAAUGUGCUGCAGAGCCCCCUGUACCUCCACCAGCUCCGCCUGCAGGAUGUUCCUGCUGAUGUUUUGAGGUUGUACAUCAUCCACUGGACAGAGAGGAGUGAGUGCCUGUUCAGUCUGGAGGCGUACACGGUGGAGCAGAAGAGGCGGGUACAUCAGUGCCUGCGGGAGAACAUUGACAAGCAUCUGGAGCAGAGAGAUACACUUGUACAUGACCAGAUGUUGGAACCAAUGGCUGAUGUCCAUUGUGAGCUCGGUAUCCUAAAUCUGGGCCGUCAAGCCACCGAAGAGCCCUCCUCGCAUGGCCCUUCCUCCGAACCCUACAGCAUGAGCAGCACGCCAGCCAAUAUUCUGAACCUCAUCCCCCUGGUGGUGCGCAGCACAGAGGACCUCGGACAGAAGUUGCCCCUCACGCCCCCGCCGUGUACCAUAGGUAAAACCUGCAAAAGCAUGAGCCUGGAGAGAACGGGCAUCUGGAAGGAAAGGGAGAAUGUAGGGGAGGAGGGAUACGAGGAGAGGCAGCAGGGUGAGGGAGAGAGCGCCACUGAGAUGUCAGAGACAGCGUGCAUGGGUGCCAUACCUCUAUCCCCCUCUCCGUCCUCCUCACUCACAGUCCCAGACGUGCGCUUCCUCGAUCGCUCCUUCAACACAGAACCCAUGGGGGAAGGAGAAGAAGAGGAGGAUGAGGAGGACUGUGACAAAGACGGCCUGGAACGUCGGAGCAUCGGGGAGUGCUCUCCCUUUAGGAAGCGGGGUGAGGGCGUGAGCGGCGGUGACGAGCCGAGGGUCCUCCACAGACGCACGCUUAGCGAAGGCAGUCUGCUGCAGGAGCUGCGCUCGCCACGUUUCAUCUCCGACAGCACCAUCCACCGCCUGGACAGAGGCCAUGCUCCCCCACCGGGCGGCUGGAUGCGGCCCUCCCCCAAGACCCUGAGGAAGGAGUUGACAAGGAACGGAGGCUCGGUGCACCAGCUCUACAUGCUCCUCUCAGGGAGGAAGGUAUGCAGUGAAUCUGACUGUAACCGUGAGUUUAAACAUGGCUGCACGAAAAAGAAGAAAUCCAUGAACCUGGCCAAGGACAUGAAAAAUCGCUUGACUUUCUUGAGGAAGAACGAUUUCUAUGGCAGCAACCCAACAAACGGUCUGGAGAAAGUCCUGAAGUCAGUCAAGCCCUCGCCAGAGGAGGCCCUGAAGUGGGGGGAAUGCUUUGAUACGCUGCUGGCUCACAAAUAUGGAGUGGCAGUCUUCCAAAGGUUCCUGCAGACAGAGUUCAGUGAGGAGAACUUGGACUUCUGGUUGGCCUGUGAGAAGUACAGGAAAAUCAAAUCCCAGUUCAAAAUGGCCUCCCGAGCAAAACAAAUCUUCUCAGAAUACAUGUCCAUACAGUCCUGUAAAGAGGUGAAUCUGGACUCCUACACCAGAGAGGUCACCAAGGAGAACCUGCAGAGCACCUCGGCAUUGACCUUUGACCUGGCCCAGAACAGGAUCUAUGGCCUCAUGGAGAAGGACCCGUACCCUCGCUUCCUGCGCUCGGACCUCUACAGGGACUUGACCAACCAAAAGAGGUUCAACACCAUGGUGCCAGAUCUGCCCUGAGUUGGAAGAGAGAUUGAGGACAUUGGAUGAGUCCUGGUUCGUGUUCAUUAGAGGGAUGGACAUUGGAGAGCUGUGCCAAGGUGACGUUCACGUUGUCUAAAUUGGUUUAGAUAAUGGGUUGGUACUAUUUUUGUCAGUGUUAUAUUUACCUCAUCUGAUUCUCCAUGGGCAUUUUCCCAACCUGGUUCUGUGGUCAUUGGUUUCUAACGAGUCAAUUAAACAUUUUUUUUUUGAACAAAUACACCUCCCAUAUCCUCAUGGGCCUUCCUGUUUGUGGCAUAGCCCAAACCUUCACUGCCUUCUAUUUAUGUGUGUAACACAGGCAGAUUUCUGACACUUCUCUAUUCCAAAGACUAUAAGAUGCUAUACACUAUAUCUAGGAGGUGUUCAACAUAGCCAAGAGGCCAUCCGGUGUAUUCAAACCGUUGUGCAAUCCACAAACAUGGUGCAAUGAAAUCCCCCCCCAAAUAAUUAUACAAGCAAUCCUAUAUGAUCUUUUAAUAUUUCAGCAUUGGAAGCUCUGCAAUACAAGGUGGUUGUCCCUGCUUAUAGAAAACCUUGACCAUCAGCAUCCAGAUUCUAAGUGCAAUAUGAAUGUUUUAUGUACAGUGCCCUCAGAAACUAUUCACACAACCUUUUCCUAAUUUAAGAUUAAAAUGUAUUUCAUUGUAAUUUUUAUCAACGAUUUACACAAUACUUGAAAAUAUGUGCAAAAAUAAAUAUAGAUAUAAAUAUAAAAGGAAAAUUAAACACUAAUAUAUCUUGAUUAGAUAAGUAUUCAACCCCCUGAGUCAAUACCUGUUAGAAUCACCUUUGGAAGCGAUUACAGCUGUGAGCCUUUCUGGGUAAGUCUCUAAGAGCUUUCUAGAACCUAGAUUGUGGAACAUUUGCCAUUCUUUACAAAAGUAGUCAAGCUCUGUCAAAUUGUUUAUUGAUCAUUGCUAGACAACCAUUUGCAGGUCUUGCCAUAUAUUUAAGUAGAUUUGAAGUCAAAACUGUAACUCAGCCACUCAGGAACUUUCACGAUCUUCUUGGUAAGCAACUCCAGUGUAGAUUUUGCCUUGUGUUUUAGGUUAUUGGCCUGCUGAAAGGUGAAUUCAUCACCCAGUGUUUGAUGGAAAGCAGACUGAACCAGGUUUUCCUCUGAAAUUUUGCCUAUGCUUAGCAUAAACUCCCCAGUCCUUAACGAUUACAAGCAUACCCAUAACAUGAUGCAGCCACAACUAAAGAGUUGAAGUCAGAAGUUUACAUACACCUUUUCACAAUUCCUGACAUUGAAUCCUAGGAACAAUUCCCUGUCUUAGGUCAGUUAGGAUCAACAUGUUAUUUUAAGAAUGUGAAAUGUCAGAAUAAUAGUAGAGAGUGAUUUAUUUCAGCUUUUAUUUCUUUCAUCACAUUCCCAGUGGGUCAGAAGUUUACAUACACUCAAUUAGUAUUUGGCAGCAUUGCCUUUACGUUGUUUAACUUGGGUCAAACCUUUCGGGUAGCCGUCCACAAGCUUCCCACAAUAAGUUGGGUGAAUUUUGGCCCAUUCCUCCUGACAGAGCUGGUGUAACUGAGUCAGGUUUGUAGGCCUCCUUGCUCCCACACGCAUUUUUCAGUUCUGCACACACAUUUUCUAUAGGAUUGAGGUCAGGGCUUUGUGAUAGCCACUCCAAUACCUUGACUUUGUUGUCCUUAAGCCAUUUUGCCACAACUUUGGAAGUAUGCUUGGGAUCAUUGUUCAUUUGAAAGACCCAUUUACGACCAAGCUUUAACUUCCUGACUGAUGUCUUGAGAUGUUGCUUCAGUAUAUCCACAUCAUUUUCCUACCUCAUGGUGCCAUCUAUUUUGUGAAGUGCACCAGUCCGUCCUGCAGCAAAGCACCCCGACAACAUGCUGGCACCCCCGCGCUUCACGGUUGGGAUGGUGUUCUUCGGCUUGCAAGCCUCCCCUUUUUACCUCCAAACAUAACGCUGGUCAUUAUGGCCAAACAGUUCUAUUUUUGUUUCAUCAGACCAGAGGACAUUUCUCCAAAAAGUACGUUAUUUGUCCCCAUGUGCAGUUGCAAACCAUAGUCUGGCUUUUUUUAUGGCGGUUUUGGAGCAGUGGCUUCUUCCUUGCUGAGCAGCCUUUCAGGUUAUGUCGAUAUAGGACUUGUUUUACUGUGGAUAUAGACACAUUUGUACCCGUUUCCUCCAGCAUCUUCACAAGGUCCUUUGCUGUAGUUCUGGGAUUGAUUUGCACUUUUCACACUAAAGUACGUUCAUCUCUAAGAGACAGAAUGUGUCUCCUUUCUGAGCGGAAUGACGGCUGCGUGGUCCCAUGGUGUUUAUACUUGCGCACUAUUAUUUGUACAGAUGAAUGUGAUAUCUUCAUGCAUUUGGAAAUUGCUCCCAAGGAUGAACCUGGAAGAGGUGCGUACUGGCGGCAGAGAAGUCAGGCGCAGGAGAGCAAAAAAGGUGUUAGGCACUUACAAUAAACAAUUCCGGACAAGGACAUGGGGGAACAGAGGGCUAAAUACACAACAUGUAAUGAUGGAAUUGAAACCAGGUGUGUGGGAAGACAAGACAAAAAUGAAAAAUAGAUCAAUGAUGGCUAGAAGACCGGCGACGCCGACCGCCACCCGAACAAGGAGAGGAACUAACUUUGGUGGAAGUCGUGACAGAACCAGAGUUGUGGAGGUCUACAAUUUUGUUUCUGAAGUCUUGGCUGAUUUCUUUUGAUUUUCCCAUGAUGUCAAGCAAAGAGGCACUGAGUUUGAACGUAGGCCUUGAAAUACAUCCACAGGUACACCUCCAAUUGACUCCAAUUAUGUCAAUUAGCCUAUCAGAAGCUUCUAAAGCCAUGAAAUAAUUCUGGAAUUUUCCAAGCUGUUUACAUACACUAAGUUGACUGUGCCUUUAAACUUCUGACUUACUGGAAUUGUGAUACAGUGAGUUAUAAAUUAAAUAAUCUGUAAACAAUUGUUGGAAAAAUUACUUGUGUCAUGCACAAAGUAAAUGUCCUAACCGACUUGCCAAAAUUUUAUAGUUUAAGAAAUUUGUGGAGUGGUUGAAAAACAAUUUUUAAUGACUCCAACCUAAGUGUAUGUAAACGUCAGACUUCAACUGUACCUGGAAAUAUGGAGAGUAGUACUCAGUAAUGUGUUGUAUUGGAUUUGCCCGAAACAUAACACUUUGUAUUCAGGAAAAAAAGUUCAUUACUCUGCUUUUCUUACAGUAUUACUUUAGUGCCUUGUUGCAAACAGAAUGCAUGUUUUGGAGUAUUUUUUAUUCUGUACAGGCUUCCUUCUUUUCCCUCUGUCAUUUAGGUUAGUAUUGUGGAGUAACUACAAUGUUGAUCCAUCCUUAGUUUUCUCAUAAUGUGUGAGAACUGAGGAUCACAGCCAUUAAACUCUGUUUUUAUGUCACCAUUGACCUCAUUGUGAAAUCCCUGAAUGGUUUCCCUCCUCUCUAGCAACUAAGUUAGGAAGGACUUCUGUAUCUUCGUAGUGACUGGGUGUAUUGAUACACCACCCUAAGUGUAACUAAUACAAUAAUAAUAUAAUAAUAACUAACACCAUGCUCAAAGGGGUAUUACACUCUUUUUUUUUUACUUGCUCAACUGAGGGACCUUACAGAUGUGUGUUGUGUACACAGAUGAGGUAGUCAUUCAAAAAAUAAUGUUAAACGCUAUUAUUGUCUAAUAAAAUGCAUUUGCUAGCACGUACCCAGAGAAAAUUAUUUUAAUGUAGAGGUGCUGACUAAUGGUGAAUAAACUGUAAGCUAUAUAAAAAAAGACUUUUUAAACGCUAUUAUUGCACACUGAGUCCAUGCAACUUAUGAAGACUUGUUAAGCAAACUUUUACUCAUGAAUUUAUUUAGGGGUUGAACACUUAUUGACUUAUUGAAAAACUUAAUUACAAUUUUGACAUUAUGGGGUAUUAUGUGUAGGCCAGUAACAAAAAGUAUCUCAAUUUAAUCUAUUUUAAAUUCAGGCUGUAACGCAACAAAAUGUGGAAAGAGUCAAGGGGUGUGAAUACUUUCUGAGGGUACUGUAUAAAAGAGAAAUAGUAUAGUACCCUGUACAUUUUUGUAUAUUAGUAUCUUAUAUAAUAGUAAUUGUUUUAGGGAGGCUCAUAUACUACAUACAAGUAACAAACAGCGAUAACAUGGAAAAGCAAUUUGUCAUGAAUAAUUAAUCUCAUGACAUCCACAGCACAUAUCUGACUUUUAGAGACCCCUAAGGAGAAAAAACAUGUUAACUAAACAAAAUGGGUCAUAUGAAAAAGCAAGACCGAAGUUAUAGAAUAACUGGUUUGUUACUUAUGCUGCAAAUGUACAAAGACACUGCUUAUUAAGAGUGCAUUUUGGUGUAUUCACUAUGUACAAUCUAACACAUGGAGGCAUUUUAAUUAUCCUACAGUCAACUGACACGUGCGUGUCACACGAUGUCAUUUUGAAUAUUGAUUAGCUCCCAAUGUGUUUAUUCCAGAGACUUACUGUUUCUUUCUGUGGCUGCAGCUCAAUCCCCUCUUUCCACUGAUAUAAAGCUUGGCCUAUUUCAUAAUAUAGGGUUUGUGAAAGCGGUGUUUUUCUACACAUGAGAGGAUCCAGACAAGAAAAUUGUCACAAAAUCAUAUUUAAAACCCAAGCCUUUUGAGCUGGCAACUCAUACGACCCCAUCAGAGGAGACUCACAAACAUGACAAUGUCGUCUGAACUUUGACACCCACGUCCUAAUUUCAAAGAUGUCUGAACCGUUUGAGCUACAAACUAAUAGUCACCAACAUCAACAGAUAAGACUCACAAACAUUCAGCAAUCACUUGUUUUACUAUACAUCGCACACAAGCUUCAGGGGCGUCAUCGGAAGGUAACCUGUGAAAAUGGGACAACAUGAAUAGGGUAUAAAAAGUGCCAUAAACAAAGUGACUAAAUAUGGGUAUAGAUAUAUAUAAAAACAUUUUUUUGCUUAUAUCUCCUACAUAUAGACCCAGUCGGUAUUAGAUGGACCGUCUCGGCUCAGCCUGCCUGUGGGGGAAACAAACUGUGGUAACCAAGGUUACUCUAUUGGCUCACAGCAAAAACACAGUUUUGUUGUUGUCUGCUUGUUUUAGUCAAUUACAAUACUACAUUUAAGAAAAGUACAACAUGUAUAAAGAUAACUUUUCAGCAUUGCCUGCUCCAUAGCAUUCUCACUACUUAGAAAGAUGUAAUAUUGUAGGGCUUCCCUUAUGCCCCUUUUCAUGACGAAGCUCGCAGCCAUGCGAGCGAGCGUGUGUGUGUGCUAGCUAGCUACCGACCGGAACAUUAAGCUAGCCAAGACCAACAACACAAACAAACUGACUAUACAGAUACAAGUAGUGGGUGGACUUACAAACUGACUGUACUAAACAAGUUAAAUGUCUUACCUGUGAUGAAAUGUUUCCCACACACAUAGCUACGUGUAGCCUACUUGGACACUGAGUCCCCACAUUUCCCACUCUCCUACGCUGAAUAGCCUGAAGCCACAGGGCUCGUCUCGCAGGGUUCAUUUUCCUACGUGGGAGCACUGCAAAAUCAAAGACGAAGUUGGCUCUUGUACAAUGGGAAUAUUUGUUUUCCCCAAUUUGUGAGCGUGGUCGAGGGGAAUUCCUUAUUAUUACGUGACUAUUGACUCAACUAUAGCACAGACACUUCAAAAACAUAUUCCUUUUGAUUUAUUUUUGGGCUGUUUUGCCAUUUAUGAAUCUGUUGUCAAUGUGUUUCUAUGGGCUAUAGCAGUAAAAGCCAAAAAUUCAAUAUUUUAUCAAAUAAUUGUUUUAUAUAUUUGUUUUUAUACCUAGAGGGGUCCUAAAAAGCUAUUUAGCUAAAUGAUCCAUGGCAUGACUAUCUUAAAACAUGUUAGCUUAGUAGAUAAUGCAAACCAAGGGCUUAGAUCAGAUGUUUAAAUAAAAUGACUGAUAAGUGCAGUGACUGUAGAUUCUGAACUUGUAUCAUUUUAAUUGUCAGUUCCUAUUCAAUGGAUGCAAAGAGAUAUACUGAUCGUUUUACUGUAUUUCUUAAUGUAUUGUUAACAUUAACUUCAAUGCAGUAUUACCACAAUGUUACUUUUGUUCUCCACCAUUAGGCAAAAUAAAGUAAUCUGUGAAAUGGCUGUUGCUUUAGACAUUUAAAAAAAAUAUUAAAUGUCUGUCUAAUCUUGUUGUCAUGUCAGACUAGUCUUGUUUUUAUCAAUACCAAAAUACAAUAAAAUCAAGUAUAACAUGG